AUGGAUGUUCGUAACAACUUCCUUAGUCAUCUCUAUAUAGCUUUUGACCGGAAUGGAAUACACAGUUUUGUGGAUAGCGAAGAGCUUAGGAAAGGAAAGGAAAUAUCACCGGCACUCAUGAGAGCAAUCGAGGAAUCACACGUCGCAAUCAUCAUUUUCUCCGAGGAGCACGCUUCCUCACCAUGGUGUUUGGAAGAGCUUGUGAAAAUCAUGGAGUGCAAGGAGCAAAAAGGCUUGAAGGUGUUGCCCGUGUUUUACAAAGUGGAACCAAGAGAAGUGAAAGUGAGGAGAAAGAGUUAUGGGAGAAAUAUGGCUAAGCAUGAGUUAAAGUUCGGGAAGGAUUCAGAGAAAGUGAAGAGAUGGAAGAAAACUCUCUUUGAUGCUGGUAACUUGUCUGGGUGGGAUAUGAAUAACAGAGAUGAAGCGGAGCUUAUCCAAUGCAUCGUCAACGAAUUAUCAGUUCACCUCAACCGAAGACCCCUAUAUGUCACUAAGUAUCCUGUUGAAAUAGAUUCGCAAGUUCAAAAACUAAUACGGUUGAUACAGCAAGAGUCGGCUGAUGGUGGUGUUCUAAUGAUAGGUCUAUGGGGACCUGGAGGCAUAGGGAAGACAACAAUUGCUAAGGCCUUAUAUAAUGCUAUGGAGAGAAAAUUUCAGGGUUGUAGUUUUUUGGAGCAAAGAAAGAAUGUGAUAAAGGCCAUAGUAUUGGACUUGCCUACACCAAAAGAGAUGACCAUUAGUCCUAAUGCUUUCACAAACAUGAGAAGGUUGAGAAUGUUUAUAAUGCCUAAAGUGCAUAUCUUUUCACGAGGUCCAAUAUGCCUCCCUAAUGAGCUUAGCUGGCUUGAAUGGGCCAAUUACCCGGAUCUAGAAUUCAGCCCUGGUCAAAAGAAACUUGUGAGACUCCAUGUCAAGAAUGGUCAUAUCAAACAAUUAGGAAGCAACUUUCAGAAUUUUAUAAAUUUGAAGUCCAUCGAGUUCUGCGAUUGCAAGUUCUUGGCUAUUGUUCCUGAUCUUUCAUCAGCUCCAAAUCUGAGAGAAGUAGAGUUCCUUGAGAAUGCUUCAAGUUGUCCUACAUUGACGCACCUAGAUCUUUCAAAUAAUAAGUUUACUCAUCUGCCAACAUGCAUCAACAAGUAUGAUUAUGGGAAAGACUUGUUUGUUUAUAGCUGCAAGGAAAGCAAAGGGGUCAGUGUGGCUGAUGUGUCACCACUCAAGGUAGUUGAGAUUCUUGUAAAUGGAAGAAAUGCCUGA